AGACGUUGGCUUUGUAGUCAGGCAGACAUAACAAAGUCGUCCAAUCACAAAAAAAUCUGAAAGGGGAUUUUUGCUGUAUCUUGACUCAGAUGGUGUUUCUCAGCGCUAGUUGAGGAUGUCGGAGGACCAGCGGCAGGUCGAGGCCUCUCAGGGGGGGGGGGGCGGGUGUGAGGGCGACACGGAGCCCAGCAUGCUGCUGCAGAAACUCAAGAGCAACAUCUCCAAAGAUGUUCAGACCAAAGUGGAUCAGAUCCUGCAAGAUGUUCAGCGUUUCUCCGACAACGAAAAGCUGUACCUUUACCUCCAGCUGCCCUCGGGACCCAGCACCGGGGACAAGAGUGUGGGGGACUGCUGCUCCUUCAACACAGCUGAUCAGCUGCACACCUGCAACUGGAUCAGGAGUCACCUGGAGGAGCAUUCAGACACAUGCUUACCCAAACAAGACGUCUACGAGACAUACAGGAGAUAUUGUGAGAUUCUUCAACAUCGCCCUCUCAGCGCCGCUAACUUCGGGAAGAUAAUUCGAGACAUUUUCCCCAACAUCAAGGCUCGCAGGCUGGGAGGCAGAGGGCAGUCCAAGUACUGCUACAGCGGCAUCAGGAGGAAGACUGUGCUCAACAUGCCUCUGCUGCCCAACCUGGACCUGAAGAACGACCCGGCGGAGCUGACAGAGUUGGUGCAGACGUAUAAACAGGAAGUGACGGAGGCGGCGUGCGAGCUGAUCUGUGAUUGGGCGCAGAAGAUCCUGAAGCGCUCGUUCGACACGGUGGUGGAAAUCGCCCGAUAUCUGAUCCAGGAGCACAUCGUGAACCCUCGCUGCAGCCAGGCUGAGCUGGUGACCUCCGCUGCACUCGCAGGAGGUCCAGCCAAAUCCCACAAAGUCAUCAAGAAGACGGUGAUUUCUAAAGCAGACAGCGAAGGAGCAGCUGAUCACAAGAAGGACUUCGGGGACUCUUCUUCCUCGUCUUCUUCACUGAGGCCUGGAGACAAAUCAGCUGCAGCAGUGAAGCCUCUGGACGCUCCUCUUCCUCCUUCAUCCUCCUCUUCCUCGUCUCUGCGGCCUGCGGUGGAGGCCUUCAUGAAGCAGUUACCCAGAAUCCUCCCUCGCUCUUCCCUCCCCGAUAAGACUCACCUGUCUGUUAGCUCCUCCCCUUCUCUGUUAGCUCCUCCCCCCUCGCUGGCUCCCAAAGACCCCCCAGGUAUGGGAGGAGCUUCGGCCCCCGGAGGUCAGGUGAAGGUCAUCUCCAUGGGGGGCGGGGCUCUUCCAGUGAUGAUCCUCCCACAGAGCGUCCUGACCUCCGCCCCCCCGCCCCCCCCUCAGCUCUCAGCCCCCACCUCGGUGCUACAGAAGCCCCGGGGUCAAGGGUCAGGGCUCACCAAACGCCCCCCCUCUGACCCCUUCCCCGCCCCCCUCCCUCUGAAAAGAAAGCGAGGACGACCCAGGAAACCGCGCCCAGAAGAAGCCCCGCCCCCUCUUCCUCCGGCUGUUCUCUCACCCAAACCCCCUCCCCCCUCUCACAUGCCAAUCAUCACCUCGGUAACGGGGGGGGUCAUCCAGCUGUUGCAGAGCGCUCCCCCCCCCCAUUGGGAGAUUCAGGGGGUCAUUCAGAAAGCCCCGAGACCAGGAAACAACAUGUUGGCUGUUCCAUCAGCUGUGCUGCCCCCCCCCCACGCUGCACGAUGAUGACCAGGUGGAGAUCACCCUCACCCCCGUGGAGCUGCACCUGGACACGCCCACUUCCUAUUCGUCCGCUCCCACUUCCUGUUCCUCCCUCACGGUGAUGAAGAGGAGGGAGGAAGAGGAGGGGGGGGAGGGGGGCUCUAAGAGACAAUAAUGGUGCUUUUCCACUGCAGCGCGGUUUAAGCGUGGAGACGCAGCAUAAAGUGAGCCUGGCCUACCAAGGCCUAACGAGGCCUAACGAGGCCUACCAAGGCCCUGAAGUGGAAAGGCGCCAUAACUCUCUUCUAUCAGCUGUUUAACCUCACCUGGAACAUUAAGCCCCGCCCCUCUUUUGGCCUCUUUCCUCUUCCUGGUGUGUGUGUGUGUGUGUGUGUGUGUGUGUGUGUGUGUGUGUGUGUGUGUGUGUGUGUGUGUGUGUGUGUGUGUGUGUGUGUGUGUGUGUGUGUGUGUG